AUGUUCUCUCUCUUGGCUCAGACCCGUCAGUCUCUCCUCAGCAUCGGCUUCCCCGAUGCGGCUGCUGCUCACCGCACUGACGCUUACUGGGAGCACCCUGAGGAGAGCACGACCCCCAGCCACGAUGGUCAGGGCACUGGCAGCGAUUUCUUCGGCACCGUCUGGCAUCCUUCCUUCGGAUACGUCAACAACUGCGAUGGUGGACGCAGCCACACCUACUGCGAUUAUAUGCAGCAGUAAGUGAGUCAUGACUAGUCGUCAUGCACAGACACGACUAGCACCGAUCCUUGUUGUCUUUGUACAAAAGGAUGUUCUUGUCUAACACUGACAGUGUUGGUCGAGCCUGUAAAGGGCCUUACGCCUUUCCUGUUUGCUAUUUGUAUCCAAUAAACUGGAAAUCACGAC